GCCAUCGAUACCUAUCAAUGAUUGAAAGUAUACGGAAAUUGAAAGAUACCUCUGAGACUAUAAAUUGUUAGCUACACGGCAAUUUAUAGAGUUGUAAAAAUCGUCUCUGCAAGGUUAUAGCUUGGAUUGACCUCUGACGGAAUAUUAUUGCAGUACUGUAAAAUUGUAAAAUAUUGCACGACUGAUUUAUUUUCCAAAACACGGGAAAAAUAUUAACGGAUUAUUUUGGGAUUUUUUUUAUUGGUGUGAAAAUUUGUGAAGAUGGUUUUGUGUCAGGAGAACGCCAACAUGUUCCAAUCCCGCCACUCUCCCCCAGCAAACGGCUACAAUUUUGGACACUUUUCCGGAUACAUGCCUCAAACUAACCAGUACCCCGCUCCAACGGGACAGACCCACGACUAUGGACAGUACCAGAUGGACCCCGGGGCCUUCCAGCAGGCCCCCUGCUACAUGACAUACGGGUCCCGACCUGUGGAAGAGUGGGUCAACGGAUACGGGAUCCCAAACUCCACAGGCACCGUCAGUCCUCACAGCUACUCCUACCGACCCGCCCCUCCCAUGGGGGUAGACUACACCCAGCAACAAGUGUCCCAGAAUAACGGCGUAAACCAGAAUUUGUCGGUGCUCGGAAGCUCCCCCCAGCCUGUGUGUUCUCCCACCGCCUCUACCAGCUCCAGUGGCAGUCCCGGGUCCCCCUCCAACAAACAGCUCCGACCCCCCUAUGACUGGAUGAAGAAAACCUCAUACGCUCCUAGUGGCCCCCUUCCUGGUAAGACUCGCACCAAGGACAAGUAUAGAGUGGUGUACAGCGACCAUCAGCGCCUCGAGUUGGAAAAAGAGUUCCACUACAGUCGCUACAUCACCAUCAGGAGGAAAGCCGAGCUGGCCCAAAAUCUCGCUCUCUCCGAAAGGCAAGUUAAAAUCUGGUUCCAGAACAGGCGCGCCAAGGAAAGGAAACAAAACAAGAAACGCGAUGAGAUCAGCCCCUCAAACCCUGACAUGCCGCAGAUGCCACUUCCGGUACACAACUCCGCUCAGCCAAUUAUCAAGCAGGACCCAAUGGAUGACUACGGUCACGAAAUGUCGCCCCAGAUUCAGGAUCACAAAGAGGGCAUCAUUCAAUCCCACCAUUCCCCCGAGUUCCACCAAACUCCAUCCCCCGUCACAAGCAAUAUCAAUCCCGUCAUGCAACAGUCAGCUCCAAUUUCAGUGAUUAAGAUGGACCCACAAGAGCUAGUGUCACAAGCAUAAUUUCGUCAUUUCCCCCUAUGUGCUACAAUUUAUAUGACGUCAUGCACAAUCUCCCCAUAUCAGGUGCGUGAGACACAAGGAAGACGGGCACUGGGCCCGAAUCGUGAAUGAAACGAAGACUCAAAGCCGCGGACUUUGAAAUAACCAGUGCCCCCUUUUAGAGUGACUAAAUACUCAGAGAAUUUUUUGAAGUGUCAAUUUGUUAACACUUUUUGUCAUGUAUGAUUACGCAUGUAUAUUUAUCAUUAUUCGCUUUCAUGUCACAAUUGGUACAAUUUUUGCGGUUUUUGCAUAUUAUAAGAGAUAUAUUUAUUGAAACAUGUUGAAAACAAAUGGAAAGAUUGUACAUAAUAAAAUACACGAGUGAAUGAUAUACCAA